AUGCCCCGCCGUCGUUCCUGGCACUCUUCGCCACCCUUACUGAGCCCUCCGCUACUUAUCAUUCUCUUCCCCAUUGUGAUCCUCACGCUCCUCUUCCUCGCCGUGCCGCCGAUCCUCUCCGCCGUCACGCGCCUCCUCCGCUCGGCAUCCUCCGACGUCAAGACCAGCUGGGACUCCCUCAACAUCCUCCUCGUCGUUUUCGCCAUCCUAUGCGGCGUGUUCGCCAGACGAAACAACGACGACGAACAGACCCCGAAUAACCACGUGCACCAGCACGACGACGAUGCCGUUUCGGAUCGAAACGCUGCGUUUCGUCGUUUGCAUUCGGAGGGACAAUCGCAGUGGUUCGGGUUCGCAGAAGAAAGAAAGGUGUAUGGUAACGAUACACCUCUUAACCAGUUGCAGUCACUGGAUACCGGGGGAAACCGGUUGAGGAUGAGACGAAACAGCAGCUCUUAUCCAGAUCUGCGCCAGUGGGAAACUGGCGAUGACCGGUACAAGUUCCGCUUCUACGACGAUUUCGAAAUUGACAAGCCGUUCCGCUCGCCGGCUAGGGAGCACUUCCCCGCCGUCGAACACCGCAAACGGUGGCCGGAAUCACCACAACCACAACAACAUCAACAUCAAUAUCAACAACAAGAAGAUCAAGUUAAGGACAUUCCGGUUGAUACCUUCGAAAUUCGUCCUUCUCCGCCGCCGGUGAAGUCAACUUCACCACCUCCGCCGCCACCACCACCUCCUCCUCCGCCAGAAUCUGCUCGACACAAUACGCGACGGACGCAUCGGAAAGUAGAGAGAGAGCGAGAGAGUGAGAUAACUGUUGAGCUCGACGAUCACGAGUUCACGACGAUCCGCUCUCCGCCGCCGGCUCCUCCGACGCCGCCGCAGCCUCCGUCGGUGAAGACACGAUCGGAGCGCAAGAGUGAUCGAAGGAAGAGCACCGUGAAGAGAGAGAUGGCGAUGAUUUGGGCUUCAGUUCUCUCCAAUCAGAGAAAGAAAAAGAAGAAACAAAAGACAAAGAAUAAUGAAAAUCAGGAUCCGCAAUACGAUGAUAAUGCCGAUGAAUUAACGAAUAACACGACAGUGCCACCACCUCCACCGCCACCUCCGCCUCUGCCUUCAGUGUUUCACAGUCUAUUCCGAAAAGGACUAGGCAAGAGCAAGAAAAUCCACUCGGUGUCGGCGCCACCUCCGCCGCCGCCUCCUCCGCCGUCUAAACGCAAGAGCCAGACCCCUCCACCGCCGGAGCCUCCUCAGCGGAGAAACUCCGGCCGUCCACCUCUCCCUAACAGAACGGUCACCUUCAACGACGAGACUCUAAACGCCGGCAACCAGUCGCCGUUAAUUCCAGUUCCGCCGCCGCCGCCACCGUUUAAGAUGAAGGCGAUGAAGUUCGUAGUUCGCGGAGAUUUCGUUAAGAUACGUAGCAACCAAAGCUCGCGGUGUAGCUCUCCAGAACGCGAGGACAUUAUUAAUGCGUCGGAAACUACAAUCAAUAACGACGCCGUUACUGACGCCGUCAAUGACACCGUUAACGACAGCGUUAUGGAUCCCAACGUUUUCUGUCCCAGCCCCGAUGUGAAUGCGAAAGCCGCAACGUUCAUUGCUCGGCUCAGGGGAGAAUGGAGGCUCGAAAAGCUUAACUCGUUGAAGGAGAAAGACAAUAAUGGUUCAUUGCCUUGUAGCUUGUAA